AUGACUUCUGUUUCCAAAAAACGUUUGAAUUUAGAUUCCUAUAAUGUUAUCGACAUUGAAGACAAGACGUGUAAUAAGUUAGUAGAGCUUUAUCGUGAGAAUUUAGAGAGAAAAGAUUGGUGUUACAUACUGGAGAAUAUUAAAAAAGAUCUUAAAAAUGUGGCGAAUUCGAAAUCUGAAUUUGACGAGGAACGGAGAAACAAGGCUCAGGAAAUUAUCGACCACUGGAAA